CACGUACAAGACGGCCCGCACUUGCGCCAUCGCACCUCUCCCCUCGCCCAUCAUGAACAUCUCCGCCCCGCUGCCGCCAAACGGCCAGUUCAUCGCUCGAUGUCUUCCUGCGCGGGCUAGAGCAGACCAAGUUCGAGCGCCUGAGCGCAGCGCACGGCGUGAGCUUCCCGCUCAAGUUCGACAGCGUCGCUGAUGAGGCAAACUUCCUCGCCGUCCUCUCGAUGCUCAACUUCCUUUCCGCCUACCGCAUCCCGCUGCACAAGGCCACCGGCUCGGGCGCGUACCAGAACGUGCUUCGCCUGCUGAUGGGCCUGUAUAUCUCCGGGCCCAACGCGCUCUCUGCACGCGGCCUCGCGGCGCUGCAGCCGGACGGCGUGGCCUCACUGCUCGGCGUCAACAUGCACUUCGAGGCGCCGAGUGGCAUUCCGGGCGUCGUGAUGGGCACGCCGCGCAGUGGCGACAUGUUCGAGGUCUGCACGCUCGUGUGCAAGGCGUGCAAUGAGGCCGGCACGCGCCUUGAGCGCAUGGGCCUGCGCGACCUCGGCGAGCUGGUGCUGCGCACGAUCAAGGAGAACAAGAGCAAGCCGGAUGAGGAGAAGUGCGAGGCGAUCGUUGCUCAGCUCGUGGCCAACAUCCCCGCCUUUGCCGAUGCCUACCUCGUCGACGGUACACAGCCCGUCUACCUGUACAAGAAGGCCUUCUUCCUGCUCGAAGCCUUUGCACGGCGACUCUCCUCUGCCGGUGCACCCUCGACUGCCUCGCUGCCGAUGUUCGUCGACAACGUUCUGCCAACAGUGCUGGUGCACGCGCGCGUGCUGGAUCUCUCCAACGCUAGCCCUGCGCUGCGCAAGUGGGGCGCUGACCCGGAUGCCAAGGGAGAGGAGAAGAACCAGCCGGGCCCGCAAUUGCGCAAGGAGGACGCCUAUGCCGUGCGUGCGGCGGCACUCGAUGCCGGAACGCAGAUGGUCAAGCGGGCAAAGGAACUGGCGACGGAGGAAGGACGCGAGUGGAUGGCCAAGAUGACGGAGGCUGACCUCGAUGGCUACUUGUGGUCCGUGGCCAAGGAUGACCCGAAGCUGCGGCUCGUGCCUCGCAUGGCGGAGCGCGACACAGUCAUGUACUGAGUCAAAUGGAACACUCAGACUGCGAGACGACCAGCCUUUGGGCCACUGGCCGCACGGACAUCGAGAUACCGGGAUGAAGGCCGCAGGGCUCACUCACGCGAGUGACACUCGCAGCCCUCUUUCAUGGCGGGGGAGAUCAUCGUCUCAUCGCUGCGAAGGGAGUCAUGAAGCGCGAGGCUCUGGACCCAUCAGUUGUGUCCCCUUGCUAGCGCGCGCCAGAGCCUCCCGAGGCGCCGGCGUGCGACCAUCUCAUGCGCAGGAUA